AUGCAAUACGAUCGUUUCGACACUUCUGUGAUCUCUCACAGUGCUAGAGGCAACAUGACCAAGUCAGCUGGUUCUCUGGAGAGUAGUGCCGGAGCGAGCAGUUCGAAGAAUAAUCUUGCUGUAGAGUCGGACGAAGUUGUAGUCAAGAUGGAAGUGGAUGAGUCGCCCGCUUCAACCUGCGUUUACACAUCACUUGAAAAGCACACUAACUUGGAAGCGACAGACAGUAUGUCACUUUUUUUGAAAACCCCGCCGCCAGUCGACCCUCCUCCAUCUGUGACACGUCCCGAAUACGUGUAG